AUGCUAAGCGGCAUGGCCAACAUCACAGACUGCACCUUCCGCAGCAACCGGGUCACCAACGGGCCAAGCUUCCACGCCGGCAUUCUCUACUUUGGCUCAGCUCUCUCUACAACUGCCCCCUUCUAUUUCACAGCACCUUCGUUCCUCUCUAAUCUGCCCCUGUACUCCUCUGUGUUCCCUUGUACUCCUCUCUACUCUCUAUUCCUUUCCGCUCUUGUGCCUUUCCCCUCCGGCCAACAGGGGGGAGCGAUAGAGCUAGUAUUGCUGAGUGGCAUGGCCAACAUCACAGGCUGCACGUUCCGCAGCAACCGGGUCACCAACGGGCCAAGCUUCGGCGCUGGCAUUCUCUCCUUUGGCUCGGCUCUUUCUACAACUGCCCCUUCUCUUUCACAGCACCUUC